GCAACACUUAAUAAUGCCCAGUUUACCUACUUUAUCUUCGGGGUGCAAGGUGCAUAAUCGGAGUGAGUCAUAACUGCCCUCAGUGCCUUGGAGCUAAACACCCCACCCCACUGGCCACGCAUGGGUACUAUUUGGAGGUGUUGCCCAAACUUGCUCUGUUGCUCCGUUGCCCUUAUUAGAAGAUAGGCGGUUUUCGAGCGCGCGACGUCAUCUAUUUCGUAAGGAAGCUUAGGAAAUCCACAUCUCAGGAGUCUGCCGCCAAUCUACUUCAAGAUAUAAGAACCCGGACCGACCGAGCACGUUCUGUUCCUUGCUCCCUCGUCCCUCCCUCCUCAAUCUCCAUUUGCGCAAAGGAGGUCUCCAUGUUCACAGGGAUUCAGAGAAGCAAUGUGCAAUUGUGUAACUGCGAGUGCGUGAGCAAGUCUGACGUUUUGGAGUUCAAAGACGCGACCUUCAACUUGCGCAAGGCUGCUGAUGCGCUGCCCUUCAACAUUUUCCUCAGAUCCGUCUUGCGUUUAGGCUCUUCACCAGUACCAAAACCAUCAGUGCCACCACACCAGGAAUGGUACUAGUAGUACUAGUAGUCGGUUGGUUCUCUUGCCUUUAGUUGGGGGUUCCCGUCUGUAGCAGGAGCGGGAAUCGCUUGGGGUGGAGCACGAACACAACAUACGAAUUGAAUCCAGCUGGUUGGUUGGUUAGUGGAGGAGGAACUUUCAGUAAAAGCGCGGGCUCUCUUAGCCUCUUAUUCCCCUUCGUAGGCUGCUCCACUCUAACUCUGCGUUGUACUCUUAGCUCAGUCAGCGAGAGGAGGCUAUUCUUAGACAGACCUCAUGAGCUGCUGCUGCUGCUGCUGCUGGCCUGGGUUCCAUGAAAACCACGUGCACGCCCGAGUCUUCUCCAUCGACAAACGUGUUCGUCGUCCGAACCUGCUCGUGGACGAGCGCCGUCUGAAUCUCAGAGUGCUCGAGCAACUCGAACGUGAUCUCUGACGUCUUGUGUGUGCAUCCCGAUGACGAUCUCUUCCCAAAGCCCGGAGUCCAACAUGAGUACCGCUUCCACCAGCGAACUGAAAGGUGGUGCAACUCUGAUACUCGCCAAUAAAGAACUUGGUAUUGGGCGAAGUGAGUCCGAGCCAGUGAUAGCAAGUUCUCGUGUAUCGGAAAGUGCUCCACCUGCAUUUAGCUUGGAACAGAUCAGCAGCAUGCAUCCGAAGGUUGGAAUUUCGGAUUUUCAGAUCCUCAAUGUCUUGGGGAAAGGUGCAUAUGGCAAAGUGUAUCAAGUGCGAAAGUUAGUUGGUCAACAUGCCAAGGAGACCUUUGCCAUGAAAUCUGUGAACAAAACCCGAAUCGUGGAUAGCAACACGGACCUCAGACACACUCGGACGGAACGGGACGUCUUGGCAUUAGUUGAUCAUCCAUUUCUCGUCAAGAUGUACUAUGCUUUCGAGACAUCUCGGCGAUUGUACUUUGUCCAAGAGUUUUGUCGUGGCGGAGAGCUCUUUCGAUUGAUGGAGACGGAGCGAAUGCUCAUGGAGGAUCCCGCCAAAUUCUAUAUCUGUGAAAUCGUGUGUGCCCUUGAAUACCUCCAUAGUUUGAAUAUUGUUUAUCGUGAUUUGAAGACCGAAAAUAUCAUGCUCGACGAAGAAGGUCACAUCAAGCUCAUUGACUUCGGCUUGAGCAAGAUCUUCGAUCACGAAGAAGAGCAACUCACCACCACGUUCUGUGGAACCGUCGAGUACAUGGCUCCGGAAGUGGUGAUCAAAAACCCCGGUCAUGGCAAACCUGCCGAUUGGUGGUCAUUGGGCAUUUUCACAUUUGAUCUUCUCACUGGUCGCUCUCCAUUUCAUUCCAAUCGAGGCAAGAAGGAAACCAAGGAGCGGAUCAUCAAAGCCAAGUUCACCAUACCCGCAUUUAUAACCCCCAAUGCUCAAGAUCUGAUUCGAGCUUUCUUGAGGAAAAUGGUCACCAGACGACUCGGCAGCAAUCGAGGGGCUGUGGAAGUCAAUGAGCAUUGCUUCUUCGACGGCAUUAAUUGGGAGAAAGUGGUUAAAAGAGGCUACAAGCCUCCCUUUCUUCCACCACGAUUGUCAGACACGGAUGUCUCUCAAUUUGACCCAAGAUUCACGUCCCGCACCCCCAAAGAGUCAGAAUGUAACCCCCAUCCCAUGGAUGCCACCUUUGCCAAUCUAUUCCCAGAUUUUGACUUUGUUGCAGUUGACUUCGAUGAAGACGACUCGUCAGCUUUCUCACUCUCUCCGCCUGAUAGCCCAAUCCAAAUGAAAAGCAAUGCGUCCGAUUUGGAUCUCUCUGACAAAGGCAUUCCAUCCAUUCUACACCUUGGUAACCUGCAGCUGAAUGCUUCGAGGCACCAUGGAGAUUGACAACGACAACAAAGACUUUUACAUAGAAGAAUCAAGGUUACCCACCCCCUCUGAAAUCACGCCUUCCCUGACGUUUCUCUUGAUUUCAAUUUCCCUCCUGAAUUGCUCCCAAUCUCCUUAUCAGACUUACUUGCAAAUUACUCAUUGUGAUAUCAUUUUUUCUUUAACCAGAAAGCCAAGAAGAUGGCUGUGUCGGUGUUAGGUUCAAGACAUCAUUGCUUUCAUUCUGUUUGACUAAUUCCAAUUAUCUGAUUUUUGGAAAAAAAAUAUCAUGCCAUUAUACUGCCACAGAAUACAGGAAUCAAAAAAGCUU